AUGAGUUUCCAUAAUUGUGACCAUGUCGAUAAAUGUGUCCCCACAAGAGUCCCAUCGCAACUGCCACAGUAUGCUCAUGUACCCCAAAUUAUUUGGACCAGAUCUUUGGGGGCUGACAAAAAACCCAUAGGUUUUACUGAUACACUGGUAGGUUCCAUUUACAAUUCAUUUGAAGUGAUAGAAAGUACAAACACAAAAAAAUUCGACCAUUAUUGGGGUGGAAUUUUUAACUUGGAGUACAGUUUGGACGGAAAGCUACUGGUAGCCGCUUGCGAAGGUAAACAAGUAUUAAUUUACGAUUCGGGCAAUCAAAAACAUAUCAAAACUGUUGAAGAUGCUCACUUGAAUUGUGUUAAUUGUGUCAAGUUUCUAGACAAUGUUACAUUUGCUACUGGCUCAGAUGAUACAUUAAUUAAAGUGUGGGACAUAAGAAAUCUGAAAUCUUCAACUCGGAACAUUGCAAGGACAUUCUAG